AGUUCGAAUCCAGCCCCCAACUCGAGGUUAUAAAAUUUUUUAAUAGACGAAUAUGAGAUUUAUAAAAAUCCUUUCGGCUCAAUUCCAUUACUUCCCUAAAACACCAUUCUCAAACUGCACCUCUGUCAUCCAUUCCAUCAAGAAGUUUAUGUGCAUCUCACACUUCCUGUACAUAUCAAUCAGGCAAUUCUCUAUGGUAGGACGGAAUUUUGUCUCAAAUUUGAAGAAAUGGGCGAGGACUUGCACACAUAGAUUGUGAAGCAUGCCUUGCAGAGCCACACACAGGAUUUUACCACAAAUGGAAAAGUGAAUUCGUCUGGCAAAAUGGGGUUUUCAUAUCGUCAGGAAUUUGCCUUAACGUUAGCUCAUAACCGGCGAUCGCUAGGCCAUAGUGUAUGGACUCUGAUCACUUCGUUGUGUGAAAAUGGUCCUGUGGCCUCGCUACUAUCACAGACAUUUACCAUAGCUGCUCUCUGACAUUGGCUACUAUAUAAGCAUGGUUUCUCGUCAGUUCUUCCAUGUCCUCGCAAUUUCGCAAAUUGGGGACAUGUAGAUUUUCCAGUUUUUGAAGGUUUCAAUUCCUUUUGCCAUUAAUGACUUUUUUGGGCCAAAGACAAUCCAUAGAAGUCUUAAGAAAGGGAUGCCAGUAAAUACAAGCUGGUGUUGAUACUGGGGAUUGCACAAUAAAGAGGAGAAGCAAAGGAUAUCAUUUAUGAUUCUUUAAAUACAUUUCACUGAUGAUGCCCUUGUGUAGCUUUAAUUGUAUUCGGAUUAUUCAUCAGUAUUGUAGCAUAGAGAAUUUUUGUCCCUGAUAAACUAUGAACCGUUCUUCAUUAUCAGUUUUGAGUGAGAGGCAGAAACUUGCAGAGCUUUUGCGUUGCUGUUCAAAAAAAUUGUUACUUAAUCAAGGUCUGCAGGUGCAUGGAGCACUAGUAAAAGGGGGACUUGGGUUUGAUUUGAUGUUGAACAAUGAUCUUGUAGAUAUGUAUGGGAAAUGUGGUAGAGUGGAUGCUGCCUGUGCUGUGUUUGAUAGAAUGCUUAAGAGAAAUGUGGUUUCUUGGACAGCUCUUAUGUGUGGACACAUACAGAAUGGCUAUGCCAAAGAGUCGUUAUUGCUUCUAUCUCAAAUGGGGUUAUCUGAUGUAAAACCGAAUGAGUUCACUUUUUCAAUGAACCUUAAAGCUUGUAGUAUGUUGAAUCUUUCUGAUAUAGGGAUGCAGAUUCAUGAUACUUGUGUGAAAACAGGAUUUGAUAUGGUGAUUGUAGUGGGCAAUUCUAUCGUUGAUAUGUACUCUAAGUGUGGAAGGAUUAACGAAGCUGCCCGCAUGUUUGAUGUUAUGCCAGUUAGAAAUCUUAUAAGUUGGAAUUCAAUGAUAGCAGGAUAUGUUAUUGCAGGAUUCGGUAAGAAAGCUGUAGUUCUGUUCAAAAAAAUGAUAGAAAAUGAGCAAGCCCCAGACGAGUUCACAUUUACAAGCACAUUGAAGGCUUGUAGUGGUCUUGGUGCAAUAAAGGAAGGAUCACAAAUUCAUUCUUUCUUGAUCACUAGUGGUUUUCCUUAUUUGAUUACAACUAGUAUUGCAGGUUCUCUUGUUGAUCAAUAUGUGAAAUGCGGGAAGAUAUGUGAAGCUCGGAGAGUGUUUGGUCAGAUUGAACAGAAGCAUUUGAUAUCUUGGAGUGCACUAAUUCUUGGCUAUGCUCAAGAAGGUAACCUAGCAGAAGCAAUGGACUUGUUUAAGCAACUUAGAGAGAGCGACAUUCAAAUAGAUGGAUUUGUUCUGUCAAGCUUGAUAGGUGUGUUUGCCGAUUUUGCACUUGUGGAGCAAGGCAAGCAAAUGCAUGCUUACACCAUCAAAGUUCCGUAUGGUUUAGACAUAUCAGUAUGCAAUUCAAUCAUGGAUAUGUAUCUCAAGUGUGGAUUGAUGGAUGUAGCAGAGAGAUUUUUCAGCAAAAUGCCGACGAAAGAUUUGUUUUCUUGGACAACUAUGAUCAAUGGCUAUGGGAAGCAUGGUCUUGGUGAAGAGGCUAUUUCUCUCUUCAACAAAAUGCAAUCCGAUAAUAUUGAGCCUGAUGAUGUUGCUUACUUAGCUGUACUUUUAGCAUGUAGCCAUUCUGGACUAAUUGAAGAAGGUCAAGAAUUUUUCUCUAGGUUGUGUAGCGAUCGUAGGACUAAAGCUAGAGUAGAGCAUUAUGCUUGUAUGGUUGAUCUCCUCGGCCGAGCAGGCCGCUUAAAAGAAGCUAAGAAUAUCAUAGACCGCAUGCAUCUAAAGCCAAAUGCAGGGAUAUGGCAAGCAUUACUCAGUGCUUGCAGAAUGCAUGGAGAUGUAGAAUUGGGGAGAGAAGUAGGUGAUAUUGUAUUGAGAUUAGAUGGUGAUAAUCCUGUCAACUAUGUGAUGCUGUCAAAUAUUUACGCUGAUGCUGGCUACUGGAAUGAAUGUGAGAAAAUAAGAGAAUUGGUUAAGACAAAGAGGUUGAAGAAAGAAGCAGGCCGCAGUUGGGUGGAAAUUGACAAGGAGGUCCACUUCUUCUACGGUGGAGAUGACACACAUCCACUCAUAGAGAAGAUUCAUGAAGUCUUGAAAGAAAUGGAGAAUAAGAUGAAAGAAGAGUUGGGUUAUGUGCAAUGGAUGAAAUAUGCAUUGCGUGAUGUGGAAGAAGAAUCCAAGGAGGAGAGCUUGAGAGUUCACAGUGAGAAGUUGGCAAUUGGGUUGGCUUUGGUUUGUGGUGGCUGGGAAGAGAGAGGAAGGGUGAUUCGUGUCUUCAAAAACUUGAGAAUUUGUGGGGAUUGUCAUCAGUUUAUCAAGGGCUUAUCGAAAAUCCUUGAAAUGGUAUUUGUGGUGAGAGAUGCUAAUAGAUUUCAUAGGUUUGAGAAUGGAAUAUGUUCUUGCAGGGAUUAUUGGUGAUAUUUUUUAAUCAUUUGUUUGAUGAUGAUGAUGAUGAUGUUUCAAAUUUACAGUA